AUUGCCUGUCUUAUGGUACUAUGUUGCUCAGCCUUUGUAUGAGAAUAAAAGGCUUGGAAGAGAAUGGUUGCUGAUGCUUCUAUUUGGCAGAGAUCUCAAUGCAAUAAAAAUGUAUAUGAAAAAUGAGUUUAAGAAGUCAAAAAGUGACAAAGAAUUGUUCUUUAAGUUUGAGAGUACUGAUGGACGUAUCGACUCCAUCGAGAUACACACUGAUACAGAGAACUGCAGUGAAGGUUGGUCAAUAAGACCUCAUCAGGAAAAUCCCACAAAAGUCAGUAGAAGCACAAUUGAUGAGUAUGGACACAUGAAUCCUAUAUGUUUUCCUCAAUGCCGUUUCACAAUUACUGCUACUCCUGGUGGCAAUACUAAUUCUGAAUUAAUGCAUCCUGUAACAUUCAAGGGGAUCAUAUCUGACAAUACAAUGUUUAAUAUUGUUCUGUCGAUGGAUAUCAUCAAUCCAUCUCCAAAAGAUUCUAAGGAAAUUUUCAGAAAGCAUUAUGCUGCCCUUUCUGAUUUGCUGAUGAUACCUGAGAAUAUAGCAGCCAUUGCUAAGCAGGUAUACUCUGAACAGCUCAUUAGUCAAGAAACUUUGCAAGACUGCAUGACUGAUGCAAGAAGACCAGCUGACAGGGCACAUUCUUUACUCAAUGCUCUUCGUGUCACUAUUGAUCAACCUGGUGUGCUGGCAAAUUUGAUUAAAAUCUUGAAAAAAUACGAAGCAUUCAGAUCUACAGCAGAAGAAAUGGAACAUGACAUUUGACAUUUAUCACAGUGUGAUAAUAUUAUUAAUAUUUCUAUUAUCUAAGCUUUUAGUUUUGUUGUUACUCUAUGUUGCCUA